UGGCGGUAGUUGUUUGGAGUUUCUAGGCAGGUUUCUGCAGAAAAUAUCAACGCAAUGCCACCUACGAGGCCUUCGUCAGCUCGCAAAAAUGUGCCACAAGCCACCUUUUCUGCUUUCGCAAGCUGUGCAAGACUGCGCCAUGUCCAGUCACUUCUGAGAGAACCUUCUGAUCAGGAUUCAUCAGCCACUGAUGCAGUCCUCUGCAUUCUGGGAAUCGAUAGCAGGUACAAUGAGGGUUGCCGAGAGUUGGCUAACUACCUUCUGUUUGGAUUUCUGGAUCUAAGAAAAGAAGAAUCAGAUAGGACUGGAAUCGGCGAAGAUAUUGCAGAUGACCUCCUCAUUCUGGUGAAGAAGGAUAGCAUCCAUGUCCAUUACAUGCCCGCUGACCAUGCCUACGUCAUCCCCUACAUAGCCCACUGGCACAAUCUUCACUUACACUGUUUGACCGAUGCAGAGCACAAGGAGAAUGAGGAUGCAGCAGAGAAUUACAAGGUGCUCAGCUUUAUCGAGAUGGUUCGGGACUGCUCAAGAAUAGGGGUUCCCUAUUUUGCCAGAGACCAUGUCCAGACGUUUGACCACUUUGCUGUGGAGAAGUGGCCCAUUAUUCAGACGUAUGGACUGGAAGAUUUUGGCACGGGUGGUUUCUUCACCAUGAAACAUGAGGUUGUCGACAUGACCGAGUCCCUCUCUAGAAUCUACGACAUCGUGGAUCCCGUCUCUCUGGAGAAGCUGGUUACGCAGCAGCUACCUUUGUUUGAGAGGCAGUGGAAUGCUCUCCUGACCAAUGUGGAUAUUUCUUUCAAGGACAGAUCCACUUUUGGGGAGCUAUUGGAGAGCACAGUUGUAGAGCCACUGAAAAGUUUCUAUAGCCACGGUCGUGUUGCCAGCCCAAGAUCGGACACAAGGAAACCGUUUGUGUUUUUCGGCCAGCGUUCUGGCAGUACCACAGCACCCGACACGGACGGCACUGUGGGUACUUCAGGGGUCAGCAAGAGUGCGGCCAAGCAUAUGAUUUGCCAGGCUGUGGGCCCUAAGAGUCCCCUGUGUUGUGGGCGAACUUACUUCUUUGGCAGUGGGCACACCCCCUACCCUGUGACGGGAGGUACUCCCAGAGCCCCUAGACCACCCAAGACAGAUAUAGAACUCUUGUCUAUCCUCUACAAGGUUGCAAUAGACGCAGUGCUGGCUUCCAUCCAGGCCUACGGACAGUCCACAAGUGAAAAAGAGGUAGAGGCAGUGUGCAGACACACUCUGAUGGAGGGUUGUGCAGACCACAUGCUGAAUGUCGAAACAUACGCUACAAGAAUGCAGUUUUCCCUAGAGGCUUUUGAUCACUUUGGCAGUCUGGUUUCCUUGGAGGAAAGCAAACCAUCACCCCUGGUGAAAAUGGCAAGCCUCAGACUCACUGACAUCGUCAGUCUGGAGCAUCAUGGGAGCUCCCUGGGAUCUCUGCUGUUCUCCGAGAGCUUCUUAGACUCAAGAAUCGCCGUUUCUCAUUCUGGUCAGCGUCCUACCAUUGACAGCCAGUGUCUGAUUCUGACCAGCCAUGUUCCAAGAUACGUCUCAUGGGCUGUUGACGUAGCAGACAAGAUCACGUCCAAACUCAGGGAGACGUUCACAAAGUCGUUGGAUGUGUUUGGCAAGGUUCUGCUCACCGGCGAAUCCAUCGUUGCCUUCGGAAGUAAGGAGCUAUCUGCGGCUCAUGAAGGUCAGUUAUACAUCUGUGAGAAGGGGCUCGUGUUCCAAGACAGCAGGCAUGGAGUGGUCAUCUUCCCCAAGUCCUACUUUGAAGAGAUGCAAUUCUUUGAUGGGGAUUCCUCCAGCGUGAUAGCCGCCCUGGUGAUCACUUACAGGCAUUCCCUACAGCAGUACCUGCCCAUGCACUACCACAACCAAGGGGAUAUGGUCAUGUUUACGUUCACUCCUAAAACCAGAGCACACAGGGCCUUCUACAGUGAGGUCAUCUCUCUGUGGCUGAAGACAUCAGACGAUCCACUACUGAAGUUGGUUGACAAGGUUCCUGAGUACUUUGUUGCUCCACACACGGAACUCCAGAUGCAGUAUGCCCAGGCUAAUAAGCUCAACGUGGACGCUCGACCCAUCAGCGUAGCCAUGGCCAAUCUUCACCACCUGAAAAGGUUUCUGGACCACUUUGCUGCUAGCAGUGUUGGUGACGUGCCAAUACCGGACAAAGAUCUAGCAUGCGUCUUGAAUCAGAAACCAGCCGACCAAGUUGACGAUUCCAAAGAGAAUGGAGAGAUCGUGGCGACCAUCAUCACAGGCAUCCCAGGCAGUCAUAAAGACAACCUGUGUAACAUCCUGACAAACAUGGCCAAAGAACAGAGCAGGUGGGUGACCCUGCGACAGCCCUAUGACUCAGCUGAUGCGUUUAGCACCGAGGCCCUGCAGACGUCACUCAGUGCCGUCCUGCUAGCCAGCAAGAAGAGGAACGUACGGGCAGCAACUGGGGGCCGCAAGAAGAUGAGAGUGCUCAUUGCCACCCCUGGGGACGUGGUGCGCGCAAUCACCUGUCACCCAGACUUAGAGGUAGCUCAGCUGGUGCGCAUCGGUGCCGUCACUGCCUGUGUGGACGCGCACAACACCUUCAUGGCUCACAGAUAUACCUUCCCAAAGCUGCUGGACCAGUGUGCCCAGGGUUGGGUCAACAACGUGCUCUUCACAAGCUCUACCCCAGGACCAGAUCCUGUGUUAUCCAUGGUGCAAGAACUCCUACGAAGGGUCAAUCCAGGUCUAGCCUUCAUCCUGGCCAACAAAGGCGAAAUUUCAAGAAGUGAAGAUGUGGACAUGAUCCUAUCUGAGUCACUGUUCAACACGCCCAGUAUGAUCAGAGCUAGGCACCUUCUGUGCCCAGGCUGGUUGGAGGGUCGGUUCGGCUCUGGUGCCCUCUACCCAGCCAUGACCGCUGUUGUGCUGAAAUUCAGCCAGCCCCUGGAGAGAGGGAAGCUGCUUGUCAAGCUGCGAGAUCUCCGAGACCAAGCAGCCUCCAGGAAUUCCUUCACUGGGAAUGUGUACUGCGUGACGGGACGCACCAAGUUCACAGACUCGGACCAGCUGAUGGAGUUACAGAGCGUCACCCUGAGCAGUUACAUCUCCCUCACCCCGGUCCCCGAGACAGUGGCCAUCCGUCCCCCUUCAGCCCCCCGUCCCCCACCCCACCGCCACCCCACCAGCCCAUGCCCCCCAAUGCUUCCAUCGCGGCAGGUCCCAGCGCAGCCAAUGGGCCCAACGAGAAGGGAGACCAUUGCCACUCCUUGCCUGGUGUUCACGGGCUGCGACCUGGAGGCGGGCCAGCUGAAGGAGUGGCUGAGGGGUUGCAGCAGGCAGAGGCCGACCAAGAAGCCGCUCAAGACAAAACAGUCGCUUACCAAGGAGGAGAGGAAGAGAAUACAUGUAAAACAUCACCUUGAUGCCCUACCCCAGGGCUGGUUCUACAACGGCUCACAGUAUGUCAGCAUGGCAGGGGAGAAGACGGAUACCCAUCCGGAUAUGGACGCCUUCAUCAAUGAGUACUUGAAGCAGGCCAACAAGAUUGUGGAAGAGUAUAAUGCACGAAUUGAAUCCGAAGACUAUAAGGAUUUGUUUGCUCAAUGAAGCGGGGUCAGUGACUACAGGUCAAUGAUCAGAACCUGUCAGAUUUGAUUUGUUGACCCAUUGUGCCGUUUCCCGAGCAAUGAUGCAUCUUCUCGUAUAGGAGGGUGACAAGAGGGGGUGGCAUGUUUUGGUUGGAUUUCACUUGAACUCCUCCUCUUGAAGACUGCAUUUUAAAAAGUUGAAAUAUUGUUGACAUCCUGUGAAAAGUAAAUCAGUUUCCAACGACGGGAGGUGACCAUACAUGACUUAGAAUUUCAGCUUUCAACUUGAGAAUUCUGGAAGCAGUGCAGUUGUUUCUGUGCUGAUUGUUCGUGGGACAUUGAUGCCAGCAUUGAUGAUGCCAUAUUUGGUAUGGUAUGUUGGCGUGACAACUAUUCGACUGAUUGAUUGUAUAAAUGCUAAGAUUGAAAAAUGCAAUAGUUGGAGUUGAACCACCCAGCUCAAAAUACCAUUCCUGGCAUUGACGAGGGUAUUUCAGAGUUGGCAAGUUUGCAUCACGUCCAUUUUCUGCAUUCAACCCAAAUUUGAUGAGGAAUGAGAUGUAAAUGAGCGACAUUCCUGAUAAAAUUCGCGUCAAAUUUUCCAGACCCAGUCUUAUUACAGAAAGAGUUCAGCAGAGAGCAAAGAAUUGAUACUUUAUGUACUUGGAAUGUGUUCAAAGGUUUGAACGACAAUUUUUUUUGUAGUCGUUUGCUGUGUUGACAUUUGGUAUUUGCCUUUAUGAGGAAAAUUUCCGUCCAGAUUUGGUUGUCUUCUGAAGCCAAAAUUGGAUGAGAUAUUUUAAAAAGUUGUUUGUACACUGCAGUUUUCAAAGUGCCGCAUUGUAUCAUUUCACAUAACUGGCACAAGUGUUGGUAUUUGAAUUCACUUUUUGUAUAUUUUGUAUACAUUUUUAUUGGUGAAGAUUUAUUAAAUUUGAUCUGUAUUGUGUUCAGCUGUUUAGCAUCAUUAAAAAGAGUUAAUUCAAUUUACAAA